CGCGGCGCCGGAAGUGACGUGCCGGCGUGCUGACGCGCGGGCUCGAGCCGAUGCCCGAUUCCGCGCCCGCCAUGGCCGACAAAAUGGACAUGUCUCUGGACGACAUCAUUAAACUGAACCGAAGCCAGCGAGGCGGCCGGGGCGGGGGCCGGGGCCGCGGCCGGGCCGGCUCCCAGGGCGGCCGCGGCGGUGGGGCGCAGGCCGCCGCGCGAGUGAAUCGAGGCGGCGGGCCCAUCCGGAACCGGCCGGCCAUCGCCCGCGGCGCGGCCGGCGGAGGCGGCAGGAACCGACCGGCGCCCUACAGCAGGCCAAAACAACUUCCCGACAAGUGGCAGCACGAUCUUUUCGACAGUGGCUUCGGGGGUGGUGCCGGCGUGGAGACGGGUGGGAAACUGCUGGUGUCCAAUCUGGAUUUUGGAGUCUCAGACGCCGAUAUUCAGGAACUCUUUGCUGAAUUUGGAACGCUGAAGAAGGCGGCUGUGCACUAUGAUCGCUCUGGUCGCAGCUUAGGAACAGCAGACGUGCACUUUGAGCGGAAGGCAGAUGCCCUGAAGGCCAUGAAGCAGUACAACGGCGUCCCUCUGGAUGGCCGCCCCAUGAACAUUCAGCUUGUCACAUCACAGAUUGACACACAGCGGAGACCUGCACAGAGCGUAAACAGAGGUGGCAUGACUAGAAACCGUGGCGCUGGAGGUUUUGGUGGUGGUGGAGGCACCCGGAGAGGCACCCGUGGAGGCGCCCGUGGAAGAGGCAGAGGUGCCGGCAGGAAUUCAAAGCAGCAGCUUUCGGCAGAGGAGCUGGAUGCCCAGCUGGACGCCUAUAAUGCGAGAAUGGACACCAGUUAAACAGACCAGCAAAUCCGCGUGCGGAACAGGACCCAGGCGUCUCCUCUUGCUCCCUGGUGGGGGGGCGGUGGCUGGGGCUGUGCGGCCAAUGAUGGAUUUGUUUCUUUUAUGUUUUAAAAUAGGAUUUAAAAACUCAUGUAAAGGUUUUUUUUUUUUUUCUUUUUUUUUUUUAAUUCUGAAACAGACCUGUUUUGUACUGAGUUAUUUUUGGGAUAAAUUUUACUGGUUGCUGUUGUGGAGAAGGUGGCGUUUCCACCUUUUCCAUAAUAAAAUAGAAAUGUGUGUAGAACUGGAA